AUGUCUGACCUCAACAAAAUCGACUCUGAGGGCACGUUGAGCGACGCUACCACCCCUCACGACGUCACCCCAGACAAGCACCAUUUGACGGCCAAACAGGACCAGCCGUUGCCGUUGACGCCUCAAGAAAAACAGCAGCAGUCCCGCCACCACCCCAGGCAAGUGCUGCUGAGCUCCCACGGGUCGGCGCUGGGCCGCGCCGGCGCUGGCGUCGACCAGGCGUCGACGACGUCGGCGGGGUCUACCGACUCCAAGGCGACGAAAAAGAAGUCCCACGACGACCCGCUGGACAAAGAAUACCGCGAGAUCGCUAAAAAGUUGUUUAACGAAGAGUUUGUCCUGAUCCAGCCCGAGGAAUACACCCAAUUCUUAGCCGCCAACGACGAGGAACUGCUGAAGAUCCGCAACCAUUACAUGGACUUGUUUAAGUGGAACGCUAACUUGUUGACGCUGACACGUAUGCUUUGCUCUAAGCUUUACUUGAAAGGUGAAUCCCAAGAGAUAGACCGCAUCUUGCUGUCGUUCACUAAGCUGUACAUCAAGCAGCACCAGACCAACGUGUUUUGCACCCGCAAUUUUGAAAAGAUCUACAUCAUCAUCUACUCGUUGAUCUUGCUCAAUACGGCGUUGCACAACCUGGAAUUGAACAAGAAACUGAAGAUCUCCCAGGCGGACUAUAUCAAGAACACCUUCACCACUUUCAUCCAGCAGAACCCCAAACUGCUGAAGAACUUGAGCAUCAAGCAGCGCAUCAUCAUCGAGCGCGAGCUCUCCAACUACUACGAGCUGUUGCUCAAGGACGAGUUGCACUUGAAGCAGCAGGGCGCCACCCUGACGGCAUCGGCGCCCCCUCCCCGACGCGACCCGGCGGCGCUGGCGCCCCCGGCCCCCACCACCGCCACUACUACUAUAACUACUCUGGCAACUGACAACGACGUCAACGGUACUGCCACCACGUCGGUGCCGACCGCAGUGUCGGUGGCGCCUCCCACCGCCGAUCACCCGGAGAUCCAGCGGCAGCCGCUGGGGUCGCUGAUCUGGCUGACCGACACCGCCGACAACCGCCGCGCCCUGUUGGUGAUGAAGCGCAUGCUGUCAGCGACACUGCUGGUGCUGCAAUACACCGCGGGCGGCCUGCUGCUUGGUGCCGCCGGCUCCCGGUCGCUGCGCGUCGGUUUCGGGCGUGCCCUCGCUCUGGGCGCCGUGGCUCUGCGCACCAACCUGAACCUGACGACUCUGGGACGGGUGCUGCAGAUGCUGUCGAUGCAGAACUUGCGGCUGCGCCGUCUCGGCGACGCAGGUGCCCCCGGGUCCCAGCUCCACAAGCGGCUGCUGCGGCUGCUGGUGGUGCUGCGCGACCUGGAUCUCCACGACGACCUGUUGCUGGUGCUCCUGUUUGACACCGUCAACAUCACCCGGUUGCACUUGGACCUGGGCGCCCUGGGCUCCGACGGCGGCUACCAGAACCUUGAGGAUUUCAACGUUAAUAACUACCAAGACGGCUACGAUUUGACGUUGGAAUUACAGGGUUCGCCUUACCUCAAGGAAGGGUUGUUGAAGCUUAAAGUGCUUAACAACGAUGUCGGUAGCGACGGCGACGGGAUCCAGGCGCCCAUGCCCCUGGCUUCCACUGGUAGCACCCGUACCGGUUUCUUCCUGCUGUUCUUCCGCCAGGCCCAGGUGCCGCUGCCCCUGGUGAGAGGGCUGACACUGCUGCCGCUCGCCAUCAACAAGUUCACCGAGAACUUCGUCGUGGUGCUGAAAGGGGAGCUUGCCCUCUACUCGUUUGAUCCUAAGGUGAUCAAAAAGCACAAGAAACCGGCAAAGAAAGUCGACGACGACGAAGUGGUGGGUGACGGUAACUGGCUCAACAAUGCCGCCAACGUCGGCACUUAUAACCUCUGUCUGACGGUAGCGCUGAUGGAGAAACCGGUGUUGGUCACGGGGCUGAAUAAGAAGAUGAUCCUAUGGUCACUUACUUUCCCCAAGACGCUGAAGAAGCCAGCGAAGAAGUUCAUCUUUGAAGCGGGUACCCGCGAGAUCGCCUUGGAGUUUGUCAACGCCUGUAACUUCUGGGCGGCCAAGAUCACCGCCAUCCCCACGUUGGAGGAGCUGGUGCUGCUGAUCGAGUACGGGUGGACGAACUUGGACGGGCUCAUCGGCAACCGCGACCAAUUCAAGAAGCUUAAGUAUAUCUCAAAGUGGGAGCCCAUUCCUAAGGGGGUAUACUUGCUGAACUACGUGGUGGCCAACGACGGUUCCAACGUGUUGCUGGAGACUAACGGCACCAACAACCACGCGGGGAUGAUGCGCCAGUUUGUUCGCACCUACAAGUACUACAACCACUUGCGCAAGGUGUACCACGAGUUCAUUGGCUUGCAGAAUAAGUUCUUAAACAACUUCCCCCAGAAGCUUUACGGUGGCACCAACUACUCGCGGAUCAUCAGCAACUACGACCAGAAGAUCGCCGAGUACAAGGCCGAGCUUUUGAAGUACAAGAACUACUUGAUCAUCCUUGGCUUUGGCCUCCAGUUGCGGUUCGACAUGGAGGAAGCCGAUAAGGAGGAACGCAAACAGGCCCAGAAGGAAGGGCUCGACGUCGAGCUCAUCGAGCCUAACCUCGACGAAGAAGAACCGGAAGAAGACGACGAUUUGACCAAGUUGGUUAAAGCCGAGAUCCGCAAGUUGUUCAUUAACAUGAAGGACGUGCUGAAGUACAUCCCCUCGUUCCAGGCGAGCAAGCUGCUUACUGAUUUGACCUCGGCCCACCACCGUCCUCUCGACGACGACUACCACUCCAUCCCUCCCGUCACUGCCCCGACGCUGUACACGUUGUCUCAGUACCGUGACAACGAGCUGCCCAUUAACCAAUUGAUGCACCAGACGCUGGACGGCCCUUACCCCGCUGGUACCAUCAUUGAAGAAGAAGAGCGCGAGGAGGCAAGCGAGGAGACGACCCCGACGAACCUGUUCGAGACACUGAAAAAGCUCGGCAUCGAGACCGCCGUCCACGUGGUGGCGAUGUAA